AUGGCCUCGAAAAGCGAAUGUGCUGCAAAACCUGGCGCGACUGUCACCGUAACACCAGCGCCGGAAAUCUUCCCCCCAGAAGAAGAGAAGAAGCUCCUAGACGAAGCAAGCACCGAGAAAGCCGCAGCAAACAAAACUUUCACAUCCGGCGAGUACGACGGUGCAAUACAAGGCUACGAAAAAGCCCUCGCGGUCUGUCCCACUUACCUCGAAUACGACAUCGCCGUCCUGCGCUCCAACAUCGCAGCCUGCCACCUCAAGCUCGCCGAAUGGAAGCAAGCCGUAGAAUCCGCCACGCAAGCCCUGGAAGCCCUGGACCGCAUAGAUCCCCCGGAAACCGGCAACAAUAAUGACGGUAGCGGUACAAUAUCCGAAAUCUCAGAUACCACCGAAAUCCUCCUCUCCGCCCUCACACGCACAAACCACUCCAUUAACGACGUGCACAAACUCCGUACCAAGGCGCUUCUGCGCCGCGCAAAAGCCAGACACGAAGUCGGCGGCUGGUCGUCGCUGCAGGGUGCGCUAGAGGACUAUCAAGCGCUGGGUAAGCCGCCGCAUGUGCUGUCGAAUUUGGAUCGGAAGGCUGUGGCGGCGGCGUUGCGGAAACUGCCGCAGGAGAUGGAGGAGGCAAAGAAUAGGGAGAUGGCGGAUAUGAUGGGCAAGCUGAAACAGCUGGGCAAUGGGAUUUUGAAGCCGUUUGGGUUGAGUACGGAGAAUUUCCAGUUUGUUAAAGAUGAGGGGAGUGGGGGGUAUAGUAUGAAGUUUGAUCAGGGGGCCAGGUAG